UCAAGGUCAAGAACCGUUGUUUACAGUUUCUGUGUAACAACCUCAGGCGUCCAUCCCUCCUGAAGGUCUGCUGUCCUCCGCUUUACCUGUGUCUUCUUGAGGAAAAACUGGCCAGCUACCGCGCCUGUGAUAUCCACACAAGACUACCCCAGGGCUCACAAGGAUCUAUAGAUCUUCGCGGCCCUAACAACAACAAAGACGGAUGACAAGGAUGAAAGCCAUCUAUGAUUUAGUACUUUCAUUACAUCAUACACGGAAAUCUUCACAACAGCCAAGUCCAAGAGUAGCACUGAAGAGGCUUUCCCUUGAAACAAUCAAGAAAUAUACAGGAAUACGAGAUGUGUUUGAAUCAUCUUGUAAGUCUUCCCCAAGAAAGGAGUUAUCUACAUCAGUUGAAUCAAGUUUAGAGUAUGAAUCUGAAAAAGAAGAUUAUGAAAACUUUGCUGUUGCAGUAAGUGAGGAUGAGGAUAGUGAUAACUCAUCUGCCACCAAAGAUAGUGACAUCACUGGACAAAGAGAAGAUAAAGACCAAGAUGCACCAGGUUCUUCCAGCUCAGAUGAACUGCCUGAUCUAAAUAAUCCAUCAUGGAGUUCCAAGGAAGUGAAAAAGAAAGAAAUGAAGAUACAAAAAAGGAAAAAGAAAAAUGUUUUGCAAAAGACAGAUGCAAAGCUAAUGAAGUCUGCAAGAAGGGCAUUUCAACAUCAAGCUAAUCGAUAUAAAGCUUCCCAGGAAUUUAUGAAAACCACUAAAAUUUCUAAAGAAGUCCAGCACCCUGAAUUAAAGUUACCCUAUCCUGAUGUUCAUCCUCCACAUAACAAUACAACAAUAAAAAGAAAAGAAAAAAGUCAAAAUGUAAAGAAUGCUGUGGAAUUGCCAACCAAAUCUCUGGUUGAGCUGAUGAGUUUAAAAUUAAAGGAAAGUAUGAUAAGAUAUGAUAAACAAGAAAGAAUACCAUCUGUAACAGAAGAUGUCACAGGUGUGGAAGCACAGCCAACAAAUACUGUAGAACAUGAAAAUAGGGAUGGUGAAGAAUCAGAUAAUUCACAAGAUUCUAAUAACUCUGACUGUACUGUAUAUUUUGAUAGUAAUGAGAUAGAGGAGAUAUACACCACUAGUUCUCAAACUGUGUUAGAGGAAACGAGUAUUGAUAGAGAAAAUCUUGUUUCAUCUGCACGUGAAUUAAAUUAUAGUAAAAAGAGAAAAGACAGUCCUUUACUGGAAAAAUCUGAAGAAACAAGCAAGAAGCAGAAACAUGACGGACAGGAAAAGGCAACUGAAAUAGAUAGAAAUCAACAGCCAAUGGUUAUGGUACCUUUCAGUAUUUCAAGUUCUGCUAGUUUACCAUCAGCAGUUCCAAUGAGUACCACACCUUCCUGCUUGGUCACAUCUUUGGUUCAGGUACCACUGAAAACUUUCAGAAGCACUAUAGAUUCUUCAAAUGCACCUAGUCGAUUAAGUGAUUCAGCUGAAUUAGAGAACAAAGAAAAUAUAGAAAAAGAAGAUAGUGAUUUUCCAUGUAAGAUUUCCUCAGUCAGUAGUGUGGCAUCUGAAAAAAACCAUGGUGAUAUUGUCACUAUACAUGAAAAGGCUUCACACCCAUCUAAUGUACCUCAGGAUAAGUACAUUGUAAUAGAUAAUGGCUCUUCCCAAGAAAGUGGUGAUGGCUCAGGAGAAAAUGUAUGUGCAAUAACACCAGAACCCUUAGAAGAUAGUGGGCUGUUCAUCAAAGUAUCAAAUGUUACAUCUUUAUCAAGUAGUGCUGACGCUUUAAUUACAGCUUCAACUCACAAAGAAACUAACAGAGAUGAUAGCACAGACACUGCAAAAGAAGUGGUGACUGACACCAGCAACAAAGAAACUGAUGAUCAACAGGAAAAGACUAGCAGUCUCUCCAAGGAACCAGUCAUUGGGUCCAAGGAAAAUGCUUUCAAGUCUUUGAAAGAAUUAUCAUUGCAGUUCCAUGAGCUAACCACAAAAAGAAAGGAAUGUGAGAAGAAAAUCAAAGAGGUUAAAGAGGAGUAUAAUAAGAAACUUGAAGCUCUGGAAGAAGAAAAGAAAAACUAUGAUGUUGAUAUUGAUAAGAUGGUAGUUGCCUUGAGUGAAUAUAAGGAACUAACUGAAGAAUUUGACAAAAAGCAAGAAGAACCUGAGAAGCAGCAAGAACUUGCUGUUUCUGAUGCAAACACAACUGCUUCAGAGUGCAUUUCUGAAUUGACUGCCACUGCUCCUGCUAGUAUUGCAGUGGUACAGGUACCAGAGACGAACCAUGUAAUGGUGCCACCAACAGACCUCAACAAAAAGAGUAGUUCAGAAAGAAUACACAUCAAUGUAAUCCCUGCUGCCAACAUCAGAAAUUUUGGCAAGGAGAAAUGUCAUUCAGUCUUGAAGAUGCAGUCGAAGGACCCUGACCAGCAGACCACUGCUCCAUACAAGCCAAGAAAGAAAAGUGAGAAAAAGACAAAAGACUCAUCUCUCAGGUCCUUCAGGCACCAUCCAGUGCACCAAGUUAGUCAGGAAGCAACAAUCUCAGCGCCUUACCAAAAUUUGAGUGUGGUGGAGGCAGCUGUAAACCCCCCUCACUUUCAAAAAAAGCAACACCAAAGUAUUUCGGGGGACUGUUCUGCAAGAAGUCGUCAGUUGGCACAAGAUGUGCUGCAUUAUUCAGCAUUUGACAAGCAGUCACCACCAAAUGCUGUAGUGGUACCUGGCCAGCAGCGCCCAGUAGUGACAUCAUCUCAUAUCAUAUGUGCUGCACCUCCUCAGCCAAUCACCCACACUGCUCAGAGGCAUGACCCUGUUUGCCAGGUGAAAGCUAUGCCAAAUAAUAAUCCAGGAUUGGUACCUUCUGGCCAUAAGAAUCCUGUGAGUUCUCAAGUACAACAAAAGACCCAGUUCAUACCUGUACACAGUUUCUUACAGCAGCAACAACCACAUUUGUUUAAAUUACUACAAAAAACAACAUUACAGAAGCAAAUACAGCCAAACCUGCAACAUCACCAGCAUCAGCAACAAGCACAACUCAAGUUAUCCAAUAGAACUCUUGUUAUAAAGCAGCACCAACAGCAGCAACAGCAAGAAAAUAAUUCUCAACAUCUACAAAACUAUAUCCCAGUGACAGGACAUCUUCAAAAUAACGUCACACAAGGUCAAGUUAUACCAGCCACAUUAUCUUCACCAGGGAGCAGUAAUGGUGUUAAUUUUACCACUCUCCAAACCGCAUCAAAUUUCACACCAAAUACUAAUGUAGCUCUCAAGAGGAUGGUAGUUUCGGAUUCCCCAGUGGAGGACUCAUUGAUAUGUACUGGCACCAAUAUUCAGAAAACAGCAUACAUACCAGUAGUUAGUUCUGUCAGUCUCAACAAUCUUCAAGCCCAAUCUCUUAACAUAGUAACUGAUAAAAGACUUAUUGGUGCUGUAUCGUCUUCACUUGCCUCAACAGUAACAACAACAACCAACGCUUCUCAACAGGAAGCAGAAUCACAAACAGAUGUUUCAUCACACACAGAAGAAAGUGAGCCUAUCUGUGUGAUGUGUAAAGCACCUGGUAUUUUCAUGUGCUGCAACAAUGUGAUCUACUGCAACACAACCUGUCAGGGCAAAGACUGGUCAACUCAUCAGCAUAUAUGUACAAACACUUCAUCGCUAGACUCAUCUUGAAAGCUCAUCAAGAGGAGAAAAUUAAAGUGUUAUUUGAAGGAUGAUUUAUUACAUUCUUUAAUCUAUAGAUUUUGUUCUUCAUUAAUAAUGAAGACAUUUGUUUUAUGAACGUAUGGUCUCAUUAUUUCUCUUAUAUCCUUCCAUCCAUCCAUCCCACUGUGCCUAAGAUAUUUCAGUGCAUUAUUAUUAUUUUUUUUUUUUUCAACCCAAAUACUUCAGUUUUUCUCCUUACUUUGCAGAAUCACCUCACAUCUUGAUGCAAGCACACUCAGUCUAUAAAACCUGCUAAAAUUACAAAUAUAUCUGCUUUUUUCUCUUUCUGCUUUCCUCACAUAAACACUGAAAUUCAUAAUGAACCAUAUUUUGAAAUCGUCUUUACUAAUAAAAACUCUCUUCUUUCAUGUACUUAGUUACACUCACACUAUUAAGCUAAGACUAAAUAUGGCAACUCAUACACUAGCCUCAGAGUUCUUGUCUGGGGAGGUGACCACAAAUGUUCCCAGGUCGAACUACUCUUCUAUUAUUGACAAGUAUCUUGAAACCCUCCUCAAAUUUUACUUUAUUAAAUUAUACAACAUUCAUGGCUUUAGAUCUAAUUUUCAAUCCUUUGAACACUAUCUAUCCUCUACUAACCCUCACUGAAACACAAAUGUGUGAGGCAUCUGACAGCAUCCUCUUUCUUGCUCCCUCCUACUUUCUCAAUCUUCAUUUUUAAUCCAAAGAGGGAUGUUGUAUCUAGAGUAAACUCAACUUAACCUGUCCAGUGCCAACACUGUAAAUUUGUGGCAUCUCCCUAACUUGUGCUCAUUUAUGGCAACAAUAUAAAAAAAAGUGUUUAUUUGUUAAAUGAACUUGACAGAAAAUA